AUGCCAUCAUUCAAGCAUCUUCUGUUCAUAGCCCUCUCCCUCGCGGCCACUACAACGGCAGCCAGUUGCCCCGCGAACUGGAACAGUUGGGACGGCCAAUGCUGCCCUGGCGGCCUGGUCGCUUUGGGCCCCGAUAAAUAUUGCUGCGUUGAGAGCACGAAUUCCAACAUGAAAGCCAGAAAUGUUUUACCAAGGAGUAUGCCAAGCGGGGGUAAUUCCGACGGUUGCUUCACAAAGAUCCCCUUCACUGCGAGCGAUUAUUCAGAGCAGGUUUCUUCGGCAUCAUCGAAGCUUGCAGCAGGUGCUACCACAACUCCAGCGACCAACGAGGCGACUCCUACAAGCUCGGGUUCUGCAGCUGCCACCACCAAUGCGGCCAUGCCGAUUGCCACAGCUCAAGAAAUGGUGAUAGGCGGUGCUGCAGUCCUUGCUGGUCUUUUCGUACUGUGA